UACUUUUGUAUAUAUAGUGUAGUAGCUAGUUACAUCCUAUCAAACCUGUCGUCUUGUGUGUUUGGUUAGCCUGCUAACUAGUAGCCAAUGUCAGGGCAAGCAAGGUUAGGCAUCAAGCUAGCUAACUUAUCCUAGCAACGAUGCUAGCCGUUUAGCUAGCUAGAAAGCUAAACAUUUGGCUAAUGUUAGCUGGCAUCGGGAGUAUGGGGUAACGUUAGUUACGGCAUGGUGAGGGUGAAUUUAAUUUUCUUCAACAUCUUGCUAGUUAGUUAUCUUGCUAGCUAGUUGUAGCCAAAGGACUUUCUACAAUUUCUAGCCAGCUAGCUAGCAACAUUAGCGAAGCUAGAAGCACAGUCGCAUUGGCUAGCUAGCAAUAAGACAUUAAUAUUCUUGAGGCAGUGUUAACGCAAUUCGAGCUAGCCCACCAAGACCAGCCCAACCCAGGUUGACUUCAAAGUGCGAGGCAUUAGAUACAGCUUUUUUUCUCGAAUUUCAACAACGAGGUACGCUACAACAGGACAUGCUAUUGGUUUUCGCCAUUAUCCUUGGAAACUCAAGACAGACAGUGAGAAAGAUGCAUCUGGUCCUCAGUGUACUGUGUCUCUCUAUGCUCACACUGAGCUGCCUGAGUAACACUGGUGAGAUAGAGAUAGGUUGUGGACAAUGGACAACAUCUGCUGGUUCUACUGAUGUCUGCUGUGAAAGGUGCAAUCCAGGGAACCGUCUGGUGACACGCUGUGGUCCAGACCCCAAAAAGCUGUGUGUUCCAUGUGGGAAUGAGACCUACACAACUGACAGUUCAUCACACUCCUGUCACAGGUGUACUCAGUGUGUAGGUGGCGCCCAAUUCCUUAAGAAGGCCUGUACAAAAAGCAAGGACACAGAAUGUGACUGUAUGGCAGGAUUCCGAUGUGGUGAUGACCACUGCACCUUCUGUGUUGAGGAGUGUGGGAAGGGCCAGGAACCUCUUCCCGCUGCACGGUCCUGCCGGAAUUGUCCAGAUGGGACCUUCAAUGACCAAAUCCAUGAGAAGUGCAAGUCUUGGAGAAUAAGCUGUCCCCAUCCCAAUGAACACAUUGUUACCUUGGGAGAUGCUGUUAGUAACAGCAAGUGCGGCAUUGCCAACAUUGUAACGCCCGAAGUCAACACCUUACCUACAACAUUGCCGGACCAUGAGGGGCUGGUUUGGGCUGUAAGUACCUCAUUUGGGGUCUUUAUCAUCCUUAUCAUCUUGUUUCUGGUCAUCAUCACCAAAAAGAAACAAGAGAAGACGGCCCCCAAGGAGCCAACCCUUAUUGUGCUAACUCCUCCUACAGAUGAGCCCAGGAGCCUGAUAGAGAUCAGUUUCCACAACCCUCAGCAGGAGCAGGGCAGCAGCUCCGAAAUCCUGUGCUCCCAGGACUCUGAAACCAAGCUCCUGCCUGUGUGAGUGGCAGUGGACUUACUUUCUCGUGUUCUUAUUUCUAUUUUGUUCUACUUGACUUUUUGUAUUUAUUUUUGUAUAGUAUUACUGAUAUUUGUUGCAUUGUUGGGAAAGGCAUUUAAUUGUACUUGUGCACGUGGCAAUUAAAAACUUGGAACAGGGUCA